AACAUCUAAAUUUUAAUAGUCCCAUAGAGACGAGUGAGCCCCCCAUAGAAUUUGAAGUUUUGAAGAAAAAUGAAUCAUUUUUACUUAUUUUUAUUAUGCACGUACAGAACUAUUCUAUUCCUGAGACCACUAGCUUCCUUAAAUUUUAGAGCUUAAAUUUUAAGCUCAGCCUAACCAAUACAAAACAAAGUGAAUUUCUCCACACAAACACCAUGCACUAUUGGGCAGCAACGACAGACUGUAAAGCCCUGGUGUACAGGAAACCCUGUCACAGCAGUCAAUGUCUUCCCACAUGAAAAACGAGCAAUCUCCUAUGUGAAGUGAGCGUUCAUCUUACUUUGGUUUUAGAAGAUAAAAAUGUACGCCAUGGCCACUGUCCUCAUAACAAUAAUUAUGUGAGAUGUAGUUGGGUCAUAUUCUGAAAGAAGAAUAACAUGGAUAGAGGCAAAUGCACACUUUAUGUGGGGUGUGUUGUGGGUUUGUUGUUGCUCCACACUACGAUAUCCAUUUCCGCAGAGGAAGAUUUGUAUUGGAAAAAUGAACAAAUCAAGGAUAGAAUAAAGGAGCUACCGGGGCAGCCUUCAAAUGUGAACUUUGCCCAAUAUUCAGGAUACGUAACUGUGGACAGGAAGGCUGGAAGAGCUCUCUUCUACUGGCUAAUUGAAGCGACCGAUGAUGCCCAAUCCAAGCCCCUCGUGUUGUGGUUGAAUGGAGGCCCGGGAUGUUCCUCUGUGGCAUAUGGGGAAGCUGAAGAACUUGGGCCUUUUCAUAUCAAUUCGGACGGGAAGACAGUGUUUCUCAAUCCAUAUUCAUGGAAUAAAUUGGCCAAUAUUCUGUUCUUGGAUUCACCUGCCGGAGUUGGCUUUUCUUACACCAACACUUCUUCAGACAUUAAGGAAUCUGGAGACAGACGAACUGCUGAAGAUUCAUUCAUUUUCCUGACCAACUGGUUGGAAAAGUUUCCUCAGUAUAAGAAUAGAGACUUCUACAUCACCGGAGAGAGUUAUGGAGGGCAUUAUGUUCCUCAACUAGCUCAAGUUAUCUACAGACGCAACAAGGUCCUGGCAAAUCCAGUUAUUAACCUGAAGGGGUAUAUGGUUGGGAACGCACUUACAGACGAUUUCCAUGACCGUGUAGGGAUUUUUGAGUAUUUGUGGUCUCAUGGGGUGAUAUCUGACAACACCUACCUAAAGCUUAACAUUUUCUGUGACUUUUCAUCUCUCGUGCAUCCAUCACUUUUUUGUGAGAAGGCAUUAGAAUAUGCUGAUGCAGAAAUGGGACAAAUAGAUCCGUACAGCAUCUACACCCCUCCUUGCUCAAACAUUACUGGGAAUUCUGGAAGGCAACAUAUGAAGAGGAGCCCAUGGAGGCACCUGUUUGGCGAGUAUGAUCCUUGCUCGGAAAAGUAUUCUGAAAUUUACUUCAAUCUGCCUGAGGUGCAGAAGGCUCUUCAUGCCAACGUUACAGGAAUCCCUUAUAGGUGGACAACUUGUAGUGAGGCAGUCGCUGAAAACUGGAAAGACUCUCCUAGGUCUGUGCUGCCAAUUUACCGGGAACUUAUAAAAGUUGAUCUACGCAUUUGGAUGUUCAGUGGAGAUACAGAUGCUGUAAUUCCGGUAACAUCAACUAGGUAUUCUGUAAAUGCACUUAAGCUUCGUACUGUUACUCAAUGGCAUCCUUGGUAUGACAAUGGACAGGUAGGAGGAUGGACUCAAGAGUAUGAAGGGUUGACAUUUGUAACAAUCAGAGGGGCAGGUCAUGAGGUACCACUGCAUAAACCUAGAAAAGCCUUUAUACUCUUCAAGUCCUUCUUAGAGGGUAAGCCAAUGCCAGCCUCCCCAGAGCUUGUAGCUGCAUUGUAAUCUUCAUCAAAACAAGAUGCAAAGUAGCAUCACUUGGACUAAUGAACAGGUCGAAAUUCGAUUGGUCUCUUCACUCAUCUGAAAAUGGUUGCAGGUUCCCGUAGCUAAGAGACUUGUAGAACACCAAAAUUGUGUUAAAACAAAAUUAUUAUGUUUGCAUUAUGCAAAUUCAGAUUCUCCGUGAGCAAGAAAUCCCUGAAUAGAUGUGUAUUGACAUCUUUCUUUCUUGGAAAUGUCUUAAGCUCUUAACAUAUUUGAAUAUCUAAAUGUAAGUCAAUGGGCUUUUGGUUUGCUAGUGAAUUUGAAUGGUUUUAAAUGAGCUCA